CCUCUGCUUUUGCUUCGUUUAUUGCACGUUGUCUCUUUGGCAGUUCAAAUAACUCUGUCUGUAUCUUUUCCGAGCUGCAUACUGCUUUUCUGUCUCUCUUCUUCUUCUUCUUCCACCACACUUCCACACAAUAACUAUGGAACAGUCGACACAACUGCCACUCGCUGACAAUAGCAACAACACGUCGCCGUCAUCGUCGCCUUCACCAGCAGUCAAGCGAACAAAACUCAACAAUGGUACAGCAUUGGAUAAUGGACAGCAACAACAGCAACACGACGAUACGCCAAUGUCCUCAUCAUCCAUGUUUGAUGAAUACGAAUUCAAAGUGAACGAGCCACCCGUCGGACGACCUGUUCGUGUAUACUGCGAUGGCAUAUAUGACAUGUUUCAUUUCGGACACGCCAAAGCGCUUGAGCAAGCGAAAAAAGCGUUCCCAGACGUGUAUCUGAUGGUGGGUGUGUGUAACGAUGUCGAAACGCAUAUGCGUAAGGGCAAAACGGUAAUGAACGAUACCGAGCGGUAUGAAGCUGUACGACAUUGUCGCUGGGUGGAUCAAGUGAUUGAAGAUGCGCCCUGGUUCGUGACCCAGGAAUUCAUUGAUACCCACCAGAUCGACUAUGUCGCCCAUGAUGCAGAGCCUUACCAGUCCACCGAGUCGGGUGAUGUCUAUGCAUUUGUCAAAGAUCAGGGCAAGUUCUUGCCUACCCAGAGAACCGAUGGCAUCUCCACAUCCGAUUUGAUCACCCGUAUCGUGCGUGAUUAUGACCAAUAUCUUCGACGUAAUUUGGAACGUGGCGUCAGUGCAAAGGAUCUCAAUAUUUCCUUCUUGAAGGAACGAGAAAUCAAAACGAAAAAGUCAAUCGAGGAUAUACGGAAGCAUAUCAAGACGGCUGUGCUUGAUCAACUAGAGACUUGGGAGGGCCAGAGCCAUGAUUUUAUAAGAGGAUUUGCCGGCAUGUUUGGUGCCGAGACUGUGGUGGAACGAUUCCUGCAAAAGCGUAAGCUCGUCGCUUCCAGGAGUCAGCCUGGCUCGCCCGUAUUGAGCGCCAGCAGCAAUGACGCUGAUAGCAACAAGAGCGUCAGAAGCAUCAAAAGUGCUCCUGAAGAGGAAACACCCAAACCUUAAGAAAGAACCUUUCUCAAAAAAACCCCAUGUUGUACUAUCCCCUUCUACCCUUCUCUGUCCCCAUCUAUCAUCUCUAUCUCUCCCUUUGUUAUCCACUAGAUACCUAUUAUCACGCGUUUUUCCUUCUUCCAUGACAUAUGUUACAACAUUAACCCAUCCACCGACUUACAUUUUUCUCUCAACCACCCUGCAGUAUCUUUUGUUUUCCUUUCUGUAAACCAUCCUACAACAACCCUCUCGGCCUAUUUGCUCAUAUCUACAAAAGAAAGUUGUAUUGCGAUAAUAUAUAUAUAGAGUAGAUAUUAUAUUCAUAAAAGAAACAGAAAUUGCGACAACAAAAGUUAGUUUU